UUUCGGCAUAAGUGGUUUUUGCAGGAAAACCUUUCAACCUGGCGGACCAAGAGGAAAGCGGCGAUACGGCGGCGAUGCAGGGCAAGGAGAGCCCCGUCGGGUCCAACACCCAGGAGACCCAUCAGUACGUCGGCCCGUAUCGGCUGGAGAAGACCCUGGGGAAGGGCCAGACAGGAUUAGUAAAGCUUGGCGUACACUGCGUGUUGGGCAAGAAGGUGGCGAUCAAGAUCAUCAACCGCGAAAAGCUUUCGGAGUCCGUGUUGAUGAAAGUGGAGCGCGAGAUCGCUAUUAUGAAGUUGAUCGACCAUCCGCACGUGCUCGGCCUCUCGGAUGUGUACGAAAACAAGAAGUACUUAUAUCUUGUUCUGGAACACGUCUCGGGCGGGGAGCUGUUCGAUUAUUUGGUUAAGAAGGGUAGACUGACUCCGAAGGAAGCGAGAAGAUUUUUUCGACAAAUAAUUUCCGCGUUAGACUUUUGCCAUAGUCAUAGUAUAUGUCAUAGAGACUUGAAGCCUGAGAAUCUGUUGCUGGACGAGAAGAAUAACAUUAAGAUAGCGGACUUCGGAAUGGCGUCCUUACAACCCGCGGGCUCUAUGUUGGAGACCAGCUGCGGAUCGCCUCAUUACGCCUGCCCCGAAGUCAUUAGAGGCGAGAAGUACGACGGUAGAAAGGCGGACGUGUGGUCCUGCGGGGUGAUACUUUACGCGCUUCUGGUGGGCGCGCUACCUUUCGACGACGACAAUCUGAGGAAACUGCUGGAGAAGGUUAAGCGAGGAUUGUUUUACAUACCGCACUUCGUGCCGCCGGAGUGCCAGAACCUGCUCAGAGGCAUGAUAGAGGUCGACCCCGAAAAAAGGCUGACGUUAGCGGCCAUAAACAGGCACGUGUGGGUGACGGCGUCGGGCAAGGGCGAGCUAGAGUUGGAACUGUCGAUGAUGGACGUAGUGCAGACACACGUUAUUCCGUCCGUGGACGCGAUCGACCCCGACGUGCUGCAGGCGAUCGCAAGCCUCGGUUGCUUCAAAGAGCGCGACAAGCUCAUUCAGGAGCUGCUCAGUCCCAACCACAACACGGAGAAGGUGAUCUACUUCCUACUGUUGGAGAGGAAACGGAGAAGACCGGCGUGCGAGGACGAGCUGGAGGUGAUGAGAGGCGGCAUGAGAGGAUCCGCCGGACAAUUAGAGGCUGAUCCACCGAGAAAGCGAGUGGACACGUGUAGGGUGAACGGCAGCACCGCGCUCAAUCUCGGACAAAUCAGUCACGGCUCGCCUUUAACACCCCGAAGACAGUCCAGCACGAGACACCACGCGCGUCGCUCGCCGAGCACAGGCUGCCACACGCACGCCUCGCAUUCGCACGCGUCGACGCCAGGCAGCUCGCCGUUGCACGCGCCGAACGUCGCCGGUCUGCUGAGUCCUCACCGAGCGGUGCCGACGUCGCACAUGGGCCAGACCGGAAGUCCUCACCGGCUGUCGACCGGCGGUACCACCACCGCAGGGAACGGCAGCCCGACGAGCCAGAGCGUGCCGACGCCGACGCCGGCGCUCGCCAACGUCGGUAUCGAGCUCAACGAGGUGCAACCUGUAGUCGCGGUCGGCGUCACGCCGCCCGGCUCGCCUCACACGGGAGCGGGCUCCGGCGCUCACCACUGGAGAUCGCGAUUGACCACGAUCAAGAACUCCUUCUUAGGCAGUCCCAGGUUCCACCGUCGCAAGUUGCUCACCAGCACCGAGGAGGUGCACCUCACGCCGGAUUCUUCGCCGGAGCUCACGAAGAAAUCGUGGUUCGGCAGCUUGAUGACCACGGAAAAAGACGAGACCUUCACCGUCCUGGUUAAGGGCAAGCCGCUGGCCAGCGUCAAGGCCGACCUGAUCCACGCUUUUUUGUCGAUAGCAGAAUUGUCUCACAGCGUCAGCUCGCCAAUGUCGUUCCGGGUGGAGUACAAACGAGGUAGCACCGCGCCGGCCAUGUUCCAGAGGCAGGUGCGAUUUCAAGUUGACAUCAACGCGAUCUCGAAGCAGCCGAACGAGCCGUUGUUCGCCAUCACCUUCACGUUGCUCAGCGGUAACAUCCGGAGAUUCAGGCGAGUGUGCGAACACAUCCAGUCGCAGGUGUGUUCCAGGAACGUCGGCAUCAACUUGGGAGGGCAAAGCAGAGCCGCGCCGCCCAGCCCGAGAGCCUCCAGGAAGUUCGCCACGGAGAUGAGCGAAAGCUCCAGCUGCGGCAGCGACACCAGCGAACGGCUCUUCCUCAGUCCUCAUCCAGCUACCAGACAGGUAGUCUGUUUCAACAAGAUCGACUCGGACAUCGAGUCGGACACGUCGGUGUUCGACGUGAAGUCGCCGACCCGCGAGAACGGCAGGAGGAGCUCGACGUCGACGAACAACAACAAUCCCUUGCCGGGCGACGCGACGCCGACGCCGGGCAGCCCGCCGAAGGCGGUGAGGAGCAACUCGGAGAGCCAGAACACGCCCGAAAAGAAAUGCGUCACCACGAUGAGCGGCAACAAUAUAGCGUGAUACUACCAGAACUUCCGCUUCGAGUUCCGAUCGAGCCUGAAGAACCUGUGGGACAGCGCUCAGCGAUUCUGGUGAGACUCGUCGUCGACCCGGCGCGGAUAACAACGCGCACUCGCACACGUUCGCGAGCGAGGGUCUAACGAAGCUCUCCAUCGGCGGUGGAAAGCGAGGAGCUCGCGCGAGAAAUAGACGACAGGGAGGCGAGCGCGCUCACACCCUCGCACUGUCGUAACGUAACGAAGCUCCAGACAUCGAAGUGUCUUCAGAGUGCGAACUCCUCCGGGGAUUUUCGUCGUUCUUCACUUGCGUGAAGCUGAACGACACCUGCCUACAUCAGUUUACUUCGUUUUCGAGACACACCAGGCUCCGAUUCGAGAAGCUGCUAGCGCCAAACGAACAGUCGGAGGCGAACAGUCGGAGGGAUCUCAAACCUCGUGGAGGCGGACGUUACCUCCUGGGUCGUCGCCUCCGCUACGAGAUCGCCGCGAACGGAGUGUGUCUCGGUGAACCUGCGCUACCGAAGACGCGUCACACGAGGAGAAAAGACACGACUCAGAGAAGACGAAGGAAGGGAUGGGGAGAAGAGGAGGAACAGAAGAGAGACGCAGGAGAGGAAGACUCGCGAUUAUCCAGGAAAUAAGAGGAGAGACGCGUGUGAGAACGUUCGGGAGAGGUGCGUUUCGCGGGAGGAUCAAGUGCAAUGACGUGACGUUGUCGUUUUCCGUCACGUGUGUACGGUGUUAUCGCUAAGUUGCAUCGCCUGAUACGUAUGCCGCUAAUAAUAGAAGAAAGAGGGGGAGAAAGGGAGAGGAGGAGAAAAACGAGGGGAAAGAGCUGUGCAAUAAUGAGGUUGUCGCCGGUUCUCGCGUGUUAUGUUUAUACACGAAAUGUGGCGCUCCUUUGCGUUUAAGCAUGAAUUCUAUUCGUUAGUUAGAGAAGAUGACGAUAAAUCGCCGUUGCUCGAAGCACCGACUAACCUUCGUUAUACGCCCCUCCCUCUACUCGGGGCCAUGUGUAAUUAUUAUUAUUAUUAUUAUUUUCUUUUUUUCCUCGCAUUCCCUUCUCACGUUCACGUGUAAUUUAUAUUAAUUAUUAUCGCGUGCGAUUCGCUUUCGAUCGGCCCCGUUCGACAUCGUUAUAACUAAUCUCCUCGAAGAGCAACCAGUCUAAUAAAUGCGUACCAAGUAUACACACAUACACACAAUCCAGCUAAUUCGAGCUAAUCGAGCGCGUAAGGGCGUGGACGGAAACGUUCCGCGGCACGAGGAAAACUCGCUGAGAGAUUUAUUUUUUUCACGCACGACGAGAAAGAGAGAGAGAGAGAGAGUGUGUGUGUAUGUGCGCGCGUAUAUGUGAGAAAGAAAGAGAGAGAGAGAGAGAGAGGGAGAGGUCUCUGCAGAUGCUAGAAGAUACUGAGAUAUAAUUAGAUAUACAUAUAAAUAUUAUAGAAAAUAUACGUACACGCAAAGAGAAAUCCCGAUAUCGCGCGACGUGAGCGUCGUGGCGCAAUAUACGGCUUCUCGUUCGCUUCUCACGAGAAGAAGAGGAAAAGAGGAGAGUACGAUGAGCAGGUAUAUUAAGUAAACAAAAAAAAAAAACGCUUGUGCGAAAGCCGCCGCGAUGCAAUUAGGGGCUGACGUUGCUGAAUGCGACUCGUAAUAAGGAACAAAUGCAGGAGGGUAAGCGUGCGCGUUGAAGAACCGCGACUUCCCCCCUCCGUGAGCGCGUGGUAAUACACGGAGAGAGAGAGAGAGAGAGAGAAAGAAAGAGAGAGAAGGUAUAUAGUUAUCAUAAAAGAUUAUUCUCAACACAGACAUAUCUCGAGGAUCGCCCCCUCCAGCUUCUUAGUGAAAAGGCGAUAUAAAGGCGUCGUAAAUGCGUUUUAAAUCGGAGAUUCAUUGUAAGGCUAAGCGUCUGGCGUGCGCGAUAGAUACGUGAUUUUACGUAUUUAGGGGAUGGGGGCGCGGAGAGGGCUUUUUAGGCGAAUAUAAAUAAACGGAGGAAGAGGGAGGACCGCAGUCGGUGGCGUCGAUGAGUAAAGUUCGCCGAGGAAUGAUCGAUAUCUCUCAGAGCUGUGUAAAUUCGUGAUGAUUUUCCGAAGGAAAGAUCGUCCUCGACUAACGGCGCACGCGUGUUCCUCGAGACGCUUGCUCGACUAUUAGGAUUUAGUAGACGUUAGGCAAGAGAAACGCGUUUAUAAAAAAGAAGGGAAAAGAAGAAGAGGCUCGCACGAAUCAAAAUUGCGAUUUUUUAGGCGCGGUCGAUCCCCGAUUCGCUCUCUCGCUUUAGAUAUUAACUGCGUACUGUAUCGCGUAUAUGGCGGCUCGUUCCUAUAUAAAUGUCCGAGGGCUAUCCUGCAAUCAGCUGAUAUGGCAGGCGCGGACUAACGAUCCUUCUUCCUCGUUUUCCCGGGCCGUUAUAUUUCGAGAGUAGUAAAAUUUCGCGAGAGAGAGAGAGAGAGAGAGAGAGAUAGAGACACGACGAUACGUUGGCUCUCGUCGGCCGGGUGAGGGGGUGGAGGAGAGCGGAAUUUAGCCGGACGUAUCGAGGUUCGAGUUGGAAUUUUGGCUGUGCAUUGACCGUGCAAAUGCCGGCAAAGGAAGGAUUAAUGGAGAUUCUCGAAGUAUAACAUUGCAUAGCUAUUGCCUUUCGGUGCUACAAAUAGUUACUGUUCGCUGUUCUGUUUAGACAUGAAGAAGUAUCUUUUUUUUACAUUAUCUAACUUUCUUAAUUAUCAAUUUUUUUAAAUAAGUAACAUAUUGUUCGUGUAAAUUAUUCAACCGCAGAUAGAAUAUUGCAAGAAGCAAAUAAUCUAAUAAAAAUUAAUAGGUAAAUGAGUAAAUGUAAAUAAACUUUCUUCUUCCGUAAUCAUUAUUUUUUAUUGGUGUUAAGAAUUUCAAUAAAAUUUGAAGUUUCGAAAGAAGUGCUUCAUCCACUAAGAAUUAGUUUAUCCAAAUGACAUCUCCAAAUUUAGAUCCCAAAUAUAAAAAAAUCCGACUUUAAGUCCUUAUUAAUAUUUAUACAACUGCUAUGUAUAUAUCGUUGAUUUUAUAACUCUUUUCUUUUCACCAUUUGAAUAUGUUACACGAUUAAUACAUCGUUUACUGACAUUAUGAAUGAAACUUAAAUUAAAUGCAGAGAAUGUUGAAAUAAUAAGAAAUGUUAAAUAAUUCCUGAACACAAAUGCUUCUUCAGUUAUUUCAUAUGAAGGAAAUAAUAAUAAAUAAACAUUUAUUUGUAUCAAAAUAAUACCAAAGUCUCCGUCCAGUGUUAUAUCUCGAGAU